AUGCGAGAGAGCGAGAUAGAUACCUUCUUUGGCGCAAAAGGUGUUGUUGUUGUUGCAGUCAUUCCAUUCAAUCAGCAGGACAUAACAACAGAGGAAGAAGAAGAAGUAGCAAUCAGGAUAACAUACCCAUUGAAUUGGGUCGUUGUCAUGUCAUUGAUGGACACAUGA